GGGGCAUGAUGGUAGAUCCUCAGCUCAUCAACCGCCUCCCAGUCACGGCAUUCAUCACCCAGAGCUCCAUUCCUUCUCUAUCCUGUACUCCGCCACGGCCGGGUAACCGUCCCCAGGUGCUGUGGCCACCUCUAGACUUCACUCUGGGGUCUCUGGCGUGCUGCGGAGCAUGCGUGUUUACCAACCCGCUGGAGGUAGUGAAGACUCGUAUCCAGCUGCAGGGGGAGCUGCAGGCGCGGGGGUCCUACCAUCAACACUACAGAGGGGUGCUGCAGGCUCUCUGGCUGGUGGGACGCACCGACGGCCUGCGUGGACUCCAGAAAGGUCUUGCGGCCGGCCUGCUCUACCAGGCGCUCAUGAACGGCGUCCGGCUCGGCUUCUACUCCUACACGCAGGUCUCGUGGAUCGGAGACGUGCCGGGGGGGAAGGUGGCCGCAGGGGCGGCUGCUGGGGCUUUGGGGGCCUUAAUCGCUUCUCCUGCUUACCUGGUAAAGACACACCUGCAGGCGCAGACUGUCGAGGCCAUUGCUGUGGGUCACCAACACAACCACCAGGGAAUCUUCAGUGCCUUCGCCACCAUAUACAGGCGUGAGGGAGUGCUGGGUCUGUGGCGAGGUGUAAACGGUGCUGUGCCGAGGGUCAUGGUGGGAUCAGCGGCUCAGCUCGCCACCUUCAGCUCAGCCAAAGAGCAGCUUACACACACCCAGUGGUUCACUCCCAACAGCUGGCUGGUGGCUCUGAUGGCAGCGGUGGUUAGCGGUGUUGCCGUGGCAAUCACCAUGACUCCGUUUGAUGUUAUCAGCACCAGGCUUUACAACCAGCCUGUGGACGAAUUAAGAAAGGGUCGGCUCUACACUGGGUUCCUGGACUGCCUGCUGAAAGUGAGUGGUACAGAGGGGGUUUUGGGUCUGUAUAAGGGGAUGGGACCCGUGUUCAUGCGUCUGGCUCCUCACACUGUGCUCAGCAUGCUGCUGUGGGACCUCAUGAGGCAGAAAGCUCUGCAGCACUACGCCCUUUGAGGAGGUCCUCAGAACAGCGCUGACGCUUCUGCUCGGUCCAGUCAGACAUGAGGAAGUCCAUCAUCAUGCAGAGACAGUCAGCUACAUUGAGUACAUCUGGACGAGAAGUGGAGAGUUCAUCCUGUCCUCUUCUUCCUCAUACACAGUGAGAAGUUCUCCAGAAUAAGAAACCUUUUGGAGUUCCCCACAUGGCUGCUCAGGGUUCUGAGAUCUUCCACUGGAUUUUAUGGUAUAAUAUGCAAAUGAGCUAAUGAUGUCACACCAUGUAGAAUUUUCAAACAUCCUCAACCUGAACAUCCUCAGGACUGAAGCUUAAUCUACAAGCUAGCUGGCACACACACACACACACACACACACGUACUUCUGUUAGAAAAUUGAUCAAGACAGUCUUCUCCACUGUCUCUGUGUGUGUGUGUGUGUGUGUGUGUGUGUGUGUGUGUGUGUGUGUGUGGUAGAGAACACAUUCGCCCGUGUGAAGGAUUGAACACUCGUUUUCUGACUUGUGCUCCUGCAGCUCUGAAACUUUCAGCCUCGUCACAUGACUUCUAUUGUUUCUGUUGGAUAUUUUGAAGAGCUGAUGCUGAUGAACAGAUGAGCACAAGAAGGUGGAAGUUGGAGGACAGAGGAACACUGUGAGAUGAUCUGCAGUGUUCAGUGCUGAGGGAGAGCAUUUCAGAGUGCAGCAGUAAAAGAGGAAAUCAUUCCUGAUUCUAUUCUAAUCUAUUCCUGAUUAUUCUGUCAGAUUUUAAUGACGUGUGUGUGUGUGUGUGUGUGUGUGUGUGUGUGUGUGUGUGUGUGUGAGAGAGAGAGAGAGAUAUGAAGGUCCUCGGUGUGAGACGUGAUGAAUUCUAGGUUUAUUUGUGAGGCAGAAACAAAUGAUUUAAUACAGUAAAUAAUAAUCAUGUAUAGAAAAGGAAAUAAUUUAAUUUACAUAUUUGUAUUAUUUCUAUUCCAUUUAUUACAAACUUAUUAUAAUAAUAAUAAUAAUAAUGUAGUUGUUUGUUCAGUUCGAUGAUGAUGAUGAUGAUGAUGAUGUACUGAGAGUUUCUACACUCACACGUUUUGUCCGGGUGUGAGGACGAGAUUGAAAUUGAGAAUCAGAUGAAGAUUUAAUAUAAAUAAAUGUUAAUAAUUGAAAUUGUGUUCUGAUGAUUAUAAAAGUGUAGAAAUAUUUUUCCACAUUAAAACCUUUAUUCAGUU